CAUACUGUAGCACCGUACGUCUCGUCACGAAGAGACAGAAAACACCGGAAGCAAACGCAUCGCACAUUGUCUCUCCCUUGGGAACGAAGAAAACGGGGGGAUAUCACAUUGAUUCAGUCAACUCCACCGAAUAAUUAAUAUGCUCGCAUCGAGAGGAAGAGCAGUAAUUGCACGGAUCGCUCGAGUCUCGGCGGCCAGCGGCGCAGCAGCGCCAUCGUCGUUGGCAGCGGCGUCCUGCCGACGUUUUGUCGCUGCCACGAACGUGGUUCUCGAAAAACACAUCACAAAGGUGCCAACUAUGGGAGAUUCCAUCACGGAGGUGAGGCGAACAAUGUGUGGGGUGGAUGCAUUGUCUGUCACCCACGAGUCGAUCGUUGGACCGAUCGAGAGACUUCGGGACGAGAACUGUGAUUCACGUGCGCAUGUUGAUUUUUUGACCGAGAAGCCUAACACCGACCUUGGGGUUUUUAUUUAAUGUUGCUGUAUUACGAGUAGGGUACUAUUGUGGAAUGGGUGGCUCAGAUUGGUCAAAAGGUGGAAGAGGAGGUGAGAAAAUGUGAAUAGAGCGGUUUUAAGUGUUGAUCUCGAUAAAAGCGAUUUUUACGUGCGUUGUCGGCUCAUUCGUAUUUUUAAUGGAACAUAUUUCUGUCAGGAUAUUGUAGCACUUAUUGAGACGGAUAAAGUCACAGUGGAUAUCAAAGCCACAAAGGCUGGCGUUAUCGUUCAACAAUUCGGUGCCAUGUAAGCCAUGACUACAAUUUUUGUUCGGGGCGACCGUAUUGUUUUGUAUUCGAAAUCUGCCACAAAUCACUCAACAUUGAUGUUCCGUACAAACUGAUUUUUCUCGAACGAUUGCUUGCGUCCUUAAGCGAUGACGAGGUGGAGGUCGGCGCCGAUUUAUACGAAAUCGAUACGGAAGCAGAAGCGACGGUAGAGGCUGCUCCCCAGUCCACCGAAGCGACACCGGCGGCUCCAGCUGCUUCGACUCCAGAGCCUGCACCAGUGGCAUCGGCUCCGGCCCCGGUCCCUGCCAGUAGUGCGGUAGCACAACGCAUCCCGUCCAUCAAGUUUCUGGGUAAAGAAGGGUGGGCGCGUGCCCUCACCGUCGAGCCCGCAUUGGUUAUACCCGCAUCGUAUGGACGGCUCGAGUUUUCUGAGGAAGAGAUGGAAGCCCUGUGGUCGGGCGGUGCGAAUCUCGCACCCGAAUUGAAGGAAUAUUCCACAGGGGCCAUCUUUUCUGCGUAGCGAUAAUGGAUGGCAUUGUAGCUCAACCUUGAUUUUGUCUUCUUUUGAGGAACCCCCUUCAUUCGUGAUUGGUUAACCGUGUGCCAUGUUUUCGAAAUGGUCAAAGCUAGGGGGCGAAUCAAGUCAUAUUAACCUGGCGACCGCCACCCGUAGUUAUAAAUUUGAUAAGUAGAAAUGGUUGAUAGGAGUUGUUCGAUCUUUCACAUGCUAGUUUGAAAAAUUGAAAGUGUUAAUACAGAUCAGAAUCAUGA